CCGUCCAGUAUCUUCUUCCUUUUUUUUUUCUCUUCAAAUUUGUGUUUCUUUUUGUACAAAAUUUCUUUCCGUUUCCUCUGAAUAAAAAUAUCCCCUCUUUCCGGCUUUCCUUCUGUUUUCAAAAUUCCCCCCCUCUAUCCUGAUCUAAUCCAAAUUUGGAGUAUUCUCGAAGAAAGACAGAAUGGGGAAUUCAGCUGAAGAGUAUGCUGCCUUCGAGGAGAAGGUGAAACGUACAGUUUACAUCGAUAAUCUUUCACCACUGGUGACAGAUGCUGUUUUGAAAACCGCCCUAGGGCAGUUUGGAACUGUAGAAAGUGUUCAAUUUAUCCCGAAUUAUGUUGAACCAAAGAACAUCCCACAAUGCGCCUUGGUGGUGACGCAAACGGAAAAGCAGGCGAAAGCAAUCAUAUUUGAGAUGAAUAAUUUCCCCUUUAUGAUGUCUGGGAUGCCAAGGCCUGUCAGGGCACUUCCUGCAGAAGUGAAGAUGUUCGCUGAUCGCCCUAUAAAACCUGGCAGAAGGAUAACAUGCCAAUGGUUGGACCCCAGUGAUCGAAACUUCGAUGUAGCACAGAAGUUAAAAGAAGUCACACAGAGACAUGCUAGAGAGGCUUCAUAUCUUCUACAGCUUCAAUUGGAGGAGGAAGAAAAGCUCGCAGCAGAGCAGUCAGAAACGCUUAAAACAAAUUAUAAGAAGUGUGAGAUGUUGGAAAGCCUGUUCUCAGAUGGAUCUCAUGGCCGCUUGGCAUAUCGAUUCAACUUGAAAGUGACAGAUGACUGAAGGACCUUUUUAGGGAGACCUCUCAAGAGAGAUUAGGUAAUCUGUGUGUUUCUCUUAUAAAUUUUGCGUUAUCAUUUGUCGGUUUGGGAACUCGCCAAGUAGUAAGAAGUUCCAACCAUUUGUACUGACAGAUUCUGUUAAAAUUUGGAAUACAGUGUUUGUCUUGCUUUGAUGUGUAUAAUCAACCUCUUCUUUAGUCCCUAUACCUUGCUCCACUUCGGGCUUGAUUUCAAGAAGAAAA